CAGUCAGUGUGGCCCGAACACCCGGUCUACCCCCUUCGCGCCAGUCUCGCCCGUCCGCCGUUUUCGCUCCCGCAUCUUUCGUCGACGUCCCUGCAGAUAAAACCCCGCGGCCCCGGUCGAGUACCAGGACCCCGCGAUCCCUGCCACCCGGGGGCAACCCUUGGAAAGACACCCGUGGUUUCCCCCGGCGGGGCGAAAAAAUCAUCCCCGGGCGAGUCGCAGGGCGGCCCGACCACCCCAGGUCGCGUCGUCGUUCUCCCCGUACCGUCGCGCCCGACGUUCCGGUGAACCGUCGCCCAGGAUCAGCUGUUGCCAGUCUGGAAUCGUAAAGAAUGUCGAGAAACCGGAGACCCGCGGCCUUUCUCGUGGCCGGGGCCCCGAUCGUCCUGACUGUUCUCCUCGUGAUGCUGAUGGGAGAGACAGGGCGCUGUUCGCCACCCCAUCGGGGCAGGAGGCACCACGCGGACAUGUCUCACGAGGAGAUUGCAAAGGGUGAACAUCCGCUGCCUAAGCCCGAGUCCCUGAACCUGAACCCCGAUGACGAGCUGGUGGUGCGCACUAGGAAGGGAAAAGUGAGGGGUGUUACGCUGACAGCGACAACCGGGAAGAAGGUCGACGCGUGGAUGGGCAUCCCCUACGCCCAGAAGCCGCUAGGCCCCCUUAGGUUUCGGCAUCCUCGGCCAGCGGAACGCUGGGACGGAAUACUGAAUACCACCACGCCACCCAACAGCUGCGUCCAGAUCCUGGACACUGUAUUCGGGGACUUUCCCGGGGCGACGAUGUGGAAUCCGAACACCCCCCUCAGCGAGGAUUGCCUCUACGUUAACGUCGUGACCCCCCGACCCCGACCGACUAACGCAGCGGUUAUGGUCUGGAUAUUCGGUGGCGGAUUCUACUCCGGCACCGCGACACUCGACGUUUACGAUCACAGGACACUGGUUUCCGAGGAGAACGUGAUCCUCGUUUCGAUGCAGUACCGGCUGGCCAGUCUGGGUUUCCUCUACUUUGGUACCGGCGACGUUCCCGGAAACGCGGGACUCUUCGACCAGGUCCUCGCACUCCAGUGGGUCCGAGAUAACAUCGGGGCGUUCGGAGGUAACCCGGACAACGUGACCCUCUUCGGCGAGAGCGCUGGCGCAGUUUCCGUGUCCUUCCAUCUACUCUCACCCCUCUCAAGGAACCUCUUCAGUCAGGCGAUAAUGCAGUCCGGUUCGCCGACGGCGCCGUGGGCGAUGAUCUCCAGGGAGGAGUCAAAGGUCCGCGGUCUGCGACUCGCCGAAGCCCUCGGCUGCCCCCACGAAGAGACGGCCCUCAGUAGCGCCGUCGAGUGCUUGCGGAGCAAGGACCCGUUCGACCUGGUGAACAACGAGUGGGGCACUCUGGGCAUAUGUGAAUUUCCGUUCGUCCCAGUGAUAGAUGGUGCCUUUCUCGACGAGACCCCGCAGCGCUCGCUGGCCUCGAGCCCUACGAACCCUUCGUUCAAGCGGGCGAAUAUCCUUAUGGGUUCUAACACGGAAGAAGGCUACUACUUCAUCAUAUACUACCUGACAGAGCUCUUCCGGAUUGACGGUACAGAGGACGUCAAGGUCAGUCGGGAUGAGUUCCUCCGGGCGGUCAGGGAGCUGAAUCCCUACGUGAACCAGAUAGCCCGCAACGCGAUCGUUUACGAGUACACCGACUGGCUCCGACCCGACGACCCCUACCGUAACCGAGACGCCCUUGACAAGAUCGUCGGCGACUACCACUUCACCUGCAACGUAAACGAGUUCGCAGCCCGCUACGCCGAGACCGGGAAUACGGUUUACAUGUACUACUACACCCACAGGUCGGCGAACAAUCCAUGGCCCUCGUGGACCGGCGUUAUGCACGCCGACGAGAUAAGCUACAUAUUCGGCGAGCCGCUUGAUUCCUCUCGGGGUUACACGCGGGAAGAAGUAUACCUCUCGAAACGGAUGAUGAGGUACUGGGCCAACUUCGCUAAAACAGGGAACCCUAAUAUGGGGGACGACGGUUCCUGGGUAGAGACGACCUGGCCUGAACACACUUUCGCCAAGAGAGAGUAUCUGACGCUCGCGACGAACUCGACCGAAAUUGGAUAUGGCCCCAGGUCGAAGCAAUGCGCCUUCUGGAAGAAGUAUCUACCUCAGCUUAUCACAGCCACCGCAAAUAUUAAGAGCAGCCCCGGGGAAACAUGCACCAGCGGAGCGUCGGGGAUGCGAGAAGUCACGGGUAGCGCCAGGAUGACGAGCCUGCUGCUGGCGACGGCUCUCGGAGUCGUUCUGUGGCACCGUAGCACGUUAUACGGGUCGGUUCGCCUGGUUCACCUGGCGUCGAAACCCUCGAACGCGCGAGGCCUCGUGUAGCUCGACUCCGUCGCCGCGCCGCAACCCUUUGUACCUUCGACGUAUGCAUCACAUUAUAGAAAGAUGCCCCACGUAAUAUAGAUAUAUGUAUCAUACACCCAUUUCAGACGCGGAGGCGUAUACUCUGGGUGUGCGUAUAUGUGUAUUGCUCAUAUAAUUGUACGCGACGGUCGUGUACGUCGCACGUUCGUUGUGUAUAUGUACGCACGCACCGUGCGUGUCAACGAAGGAGAAGAGA